AUGGCAGUCACAGAGGCAGAGAUGCGUGAGAGAGUCAACAGUGUCGAUGCCGAUCUGCAAUAUGUAUUGCAGGAGGCCGGGGCAUCACUUGCCACACAGUAUGCAGUUUGCAACGUGCACAGCACACUUCGCAGAUUCCAGGCUAUCGCUGAUGAUCGUGCAGGUUCGCGCACGGCUGCGAACACAGACUUUGGAGUGCCAAGAGAUACGCCUGCAGGGCGUCAGCAAACGGCUGCUAUAGUGGCAGCGUGGGAACUUGCAAAAGAGAUUAGCUCCAAAGAAAUUGAACUCCGGGCGGAGGCCCGUGCACUCAAUCAGCCCAGGAUCUUGCAGACCCAGGAAAGGCAGGCCAUGCUGCGCGCGGUUUCGGCCGCCUAUGGCAAGCUCAACGAGGCCGAAACACCUAGUGCAGAGUACUUGGCUUUGAAAGCAGAGGAGACCGAGCAGAAUGAGCCGACUGCGGCACAGCUUGAUACUAUCACUUCGAAGCGAGAUUCUCAAACAGCCACCAUCCAGUCUAGUGUUGAUCCUGCAGGACAUUUGCGCAUCACGAAAACCAAGCAGAAAGUCGAGAUGCCUCAAAACUCUGAAGCUUACCGGAGAGUCUUGAAGAUUGAGGGUUACUCUUGGUUGGCAAUGCAGUCCAGGUAUAAAUCUAAGACUUGGCUUCAGGGCUUGACGAUGGCAGAUUUCACCAAGUUCGUCGACUACAUUCUCGGCGAGCGGGUCGCGGGCCUCAGAUUGGAGCAGGCCACGGGCUACGACAGUAGCCACAAUGCACUCUUCCGACCCCCAUGGGGGAUCGUGCUUCGCUAUGAAUACAAGUUGAGGAAAGAAGCUUUCAGGCUAGUGAACGAUGAAGGUCAGACGCUUCAAGAUGCUUUGGCAGCCGUGACUAAGGAUACCGAGCUUAAAGAAGUUCAUUUUGUCACUCCCCUAACCUUGACCGCUUUCCCCAUGCCAUCAAAGUGGACACGCAGGGGGGAGAAAGGUGACAAAGGAGGCUGCUUUGUGCUUGAGAGCCCUGAGGAUUUGGGUGCCACCAAGGCGCCCCGCGCCGAGGACAUCAUUCGCUUGUACGAAGCUUUGCCGAAGGAGGUGUCAGCCCGUGACCCUGAGGGCCGCAUCCCGAGCUCCUUCUCCACGGGUGCCUACAACAAGGGAGGCUUGACAGGCCUGAGGAAGGCAUGCCACGAUUUCCCGCUGGCCACCAAGUGCUUGGUCCGUUUUGUUCGAAGCAUGCGUCCUUUCCAUCCUUUCAGCACCAUCAGCAUUUACGACAAUGUGUGCACUGCCCUCCAUAAGGACAGCCGCAAUGCUUGCUGCGAGAACUUGAUAAUCCCUCUUACCCAGUUUUCUGGGGGCGAGUUGUGGAUGCAACAAGACCAGGGUGCUACACCUCAGAACUUUGGGGGCUCUGAAGUGUUUGGGACGGCAGUGCCGAUUCCCCCAGAAGGCUUGUGCUUCGAUGCUCGUGGCAUCUUGCAUUGCACUAUGCCUUGGAAGGGCCGCCGACUGAUUGCCGUCGCAUUCACGGUGUCGAAGACUGAGGAGCUGAAGAAAGCGGAUGCGCAGCUUCUUGAGGACCUUGGAAUCAAUUGCCCUUCCGCAAGCCAGUUGACAGGGAGGACCUUGGAUGCCGGGGAGCUGUCGUCGACGGAGAGCUCUGAGUCGGAACACCCAUCUGGUGGCAAGGACCAGCAAGCAGACGAUGUCUUCAGACCAGAGCUUUGUGGCAACUUCGGAAACCCCUUGAUGCUGGAGUGGGACGGGAGAGAGUCGCCUAUCACUGACGGCUAUGGCCUUUGUUCUCCAACGCGUUGGCAUCCUGCCUCCCGUGGAGCAUCGCUACCAGAGAAAUCAAAGGACCUGUCGAGACGCUUGAAUGGCUUGGUGCAGCAAUUUGUCGCAGAGCAGGUGCCAGAUUGCCAGUUGCUGGCACUCAAGUUGGCCACCGGACAGAUUCUGGAAUCGCCUUUCGAGGAGGGUGCAAUGCGACGCCUUCGCGAGGACUGGGCUGCACUUGUAUGUGAGACGGAUGGAGCCAAACACGAAGGUUUGCUGGAAGUUCCUGAUCCACAGCCUUUCUACCUUCGGUUGCUCUCGCACACAUCGCGCUUGCUGGAAGAUCCAGACUGGAAAAUCUUGACAGAGGGCGAGGAGUGCUUUGAAAAGGGUGUCCCAUUGGGCUACGACGAGACCAUACCUAGGGUCCCGCAGGUUUUCGAUCGGAAGGUCAAAUGGAGAAAACUUGAUGAGAGCACCUUCGAGGCUGUCAAAGAAAAUUACCAGAGCGCGAAGCUCACCGUUCAGGAGAUGGAGCUGAAGUUCAGGGAGGAGGAGAAGCUUGGGCGGAUGUACCCUACCACUUACUCCGCUUUGGCAGCCGAGCAUGGAGCGGACAGGGUUCGUAUAGCGGCGAUGGGGGCGGUCGCCAAGCCAGACGGCAGCGUCCGUCCCCUACAUGAUGGCACCCACGGGGUGAGGAUCAACAAUGGCAUUCGCUUGCUGAACCAAACGGUCGCGGGCUUCAGGACAGAUGCAAAGUGUGCCGACGGAUUCGUCGUGUUGGCCGGUUGGGAGCUAAGUGAUGACACCAAAAGUUCAAAAUGGUUUUCGCUGCGCUUGACACCGAGUGACGCACCAUACUUGUUUGAUCAGGAGGGGAAAUCACAAUGGGCAUCAGGCUCAGCCGAACUGCUGGCAACAUUGGCGGCCCUUCACAUCUUCGGAUACUUGACCGCCUCUGUGGACAGAAAGGAACUGGGCAACUCUAGAUUGCUCAAGAAGGGGUCCUCAACCAAGUGGCCCCUGAUGUUGAUCAACAUGCAGUUGUCUGACUUGCUUCUUCGCUCUUCCUUGAAGCUCCUCCUACGGUGGAGGCCACGCGAUGAGAAUCAGUACGCAGACCAGCUUACGAAUGAGAUUUUCACUAACUUCUCGGACGAACAUCGCAUUGCAUGCACAUACUCGGAUUUGCCUCUUGCGCUCCUGCAUCAGUUGUGGGAGACAAAAGAAAGCUUCGACUCAGCACGAAGGGCUCAGGCCGUGCUUCAGCAGGAUGCCUCGGGGCAUCGUCCUCAGAAGAGGAAGGCAGAGAAAACACCUUGGUAG